CCAAGUUGCCAAAAGUGUGUGUUAGAAGCAAUUUCAUUCUAAAAUCUCUUAAGGGUUAUUUACCUUCAAAAUAAUUAUUUAUUUUAACAUAGUACAAUGCUAAUGGAGUUUGUCCUUAUUGCAUAGGAUUGUUUAUUUACCUUAUUGUUUCCUUGCUUAUUGCUACCAUAAACAGGGGAUGUGCGCCACCGCAACAACUGCUGCUGAUGAACCUCGAGCUCUGUGCAUCAUUCGAGACUUGUCCAAUGGCCAACUUAACAAUAAUAAAUCUGUCAUCAAUUUGCCAGCUUCUACAACGGCAUCACAGUUAAUGCAAGAGGUUGGAAAAAAAUUUCAGUAUGAACCUGACAGUUUUGAGUUAGUCUUGCAAAGGAUAUGUGAUAAAGAAACGAUCCACAUUCAUGAACACACAGAAGAAACUUUAGAAGAGUUAGGAUUUCGAUGUGGUGAUAAUGAGAGAAAUAACCUGAUUAUUGGCAAUAAAAAUGCAUCUGUUCCUAAAAAAACUUCUACCACAGAAGUAGAGCAAUCAUUCAGCUAUACUGAUAAUUCUGCCAUGGAUACUAAUGUCACUCUUUCUACUCAACCUUCUUUUCCUAUACGAGAUCUUUAUAAGAAUUACACCUAUAGCAAUGCUGUUGCCUCUAAACAAGAUACGGGUUAUGUUGGACUUGUUAAUCAAGCAAUGACCUGUUACCUUAACAGUCUCCUCCAGACACUUUUCAUGACUCCAGAGUUUAGAAAUGCUUUAUAUAGGUGGGAAUUUGAUGGUACUGAGGAAGACGGAACAAAGAGCAUUCCUUAUCAACUUCAAAGGUUGUUUUUAUUGUUACAGACUUCAAAUAAACCUGCAGUUGGUACAACAGAGCUUACAACUAGCUUUGGUUGGGAUAGUAGUGAAGCCUGGCAACAACAUGAUGUUCAAGAGCUAUGUCGUGUCAUGUUUGAUGCUUUAGAGCAAAAGUUCAAAAACACAGAACAAGCUGAUCUUAUUAGUCGUCUAUAUGAAGGAAAAUUAAAAGAUUAUGUGAAAUGCCUUGAGUGUGGAUAUGAGAGUGCCAGAGAAGACACUUUUCUUGAUGUUCCUUUAGUCGUUCGUCCAUUUGGAUCUAGUCAGGCUUAUGCCAGUGUGGGAGAAGCACUGAGGGCUUUUGUCACGCCUGAAAUCUUACAAGGCUCUAAUCAGUAUUUUUGUGAACAUUGCAACAAGAAGUGUGAUGCCCACAAAGGGUUGAAAUUCAUAAAGUUUCCUUAUCUCUUGACGUUGCAGUUGAAACGUUUCGACUUUGAUCCUGUCACUAUGCAUCGUAUCAAAUUAAAUGACAGAGUUGCAUUUCCAGAAAUUUUGACAGUAAAUGAAUUUAUUAAAGUAGAAAAUAAAGAAGCCUCAGAUGAUGGUGAUACCACAGAUAGUGGUUCCGUCUUAGAUGAUGAGAAUGCUGGUUUUCCAAACAGACACACAAUGUCUCCAGAGACGUUAAGUGACAAUGAGCUACAGGAUGAUGAUGAAGGGAUUGAUGUCGGACCUUCUAUAGAAAACUCUCAUGAAGUCUGCAUUAAUGAAAAGAAUUUAAAGAAGUCCAUGGAAAAGGGUCCAUAUGUUUAUGAGCUGUUCUCGAUUAUGGUGCAUUCUGGUAGUGCUAAUGGUGGCCAUUAUUAUGCAUACAUUAAAGAUUUCAAGCAUGGGGAAUGGUAUUGUUUCAAUGAUGCUCAGGUGACAAAGAUAACGUAUGAUGACAUCCAAAAAACAUAUGGUGGUGGACCCUUAAGAGGUUAUUAUUCAAGUGCAUACUCAAGUUCAACCAAUGCUUAUAUGCUGAUGUAUAGACAGAUUGACAAAGAAAAAAAUGCAGAGUGCAUGUCACUUGUUGAAUUCCCUGAACAUGUUCAAGCUUUGUUGCAGUGUAUGCAGGAACAAGAAGAGAGGGAAAGAAGACAAAGAGAAUUAGAUCGUUCGAUGUGCAAAAUCAAGCUAUUUUGCCAGUAUCCCAGGGAGAUGAUCGAAAUGAAAUUGAAGGUUCAUAAAGAUUGUACUCUUGCUGAGGCCACUGCCACCGCCCACACUAUCAUGGGACUGGAAGGGAAUGUUCCACUGGAUUGCUGUCGACUUGUCAAGUACGAUGACUUCCACGACUCUUUGGAAUGUUCGUUUGACAACUGUAAUGACAUGGCAAUGGGCGACCUCCUUGGAGGUGUCAAAUCAAACUAUAAAUUUGAACUAUUUCUCGAAAUAAAGAAGCCAAAUGAAAUUUUUCAGGAAUAUCGACCAGGGGGUACUACUGUAAAAGUACAUACAGUUGAUCUGGAAAAGGAGGAAAUUGCCAUUCAUCCAGUUACAAUUCGAAGUCACCCUACAAACACUGUACAGGAUUUAAAACUUCAGAUUGCUAAGGCACUUGAUGUAAACUGCGAGAUGAGAUUAGUGUUGGAAUUGUAUGCAAAUGACUACAAAUUAUUAGAUGUUCCUACGAAGACUUUAAGCAGCGAAGGUCUCAGGAAAAGCAAUAAAGUUUUUGCAGAGUUUAAAGAUGCUGCAGAUGCAGAAAAGCCAUACAAUGAAUCCAAAUUAUUUAAAGUGCUUGAUUCUCAUGGUCACACUAUUUGCAUUCAAGUAACGCUUCCUAAAAUUGAUCAAGGCACUGUAGAUCGUUUAAAACUCUAUGAAGACUAUUCUGAUGAUGAAGGCAAAUAUGAUUUAAGUAGUGAAGAAGAUACAGGAGAAAAUGCUCAAGAAACUGCUGGAAUUCGGAAAACUUUCUUGAGAAAAGAUGUUUACUUCCAAAGGCCAUCGAAAUCUCAGGCAACUUCCAAAAGCGAUGUUUCUGGCUGCAGCAUAGACUUCACCAAGGGUGAACCCAUUCAAGUCCAUGAUGAAGCUGAAGAAAGUGCAGAAAGCAAGAAAACGCUAGUUAUCUCCCAAUCGUUGAAAGCUCCGAUAAUUUCCAAAAGCAAUGUUUCUGGCUACAGCUUCGACUUCACCAAAAUGAGUGAUCCCUUUCAAGACUGUGAUGAAGGUCUCGGUGACAGCGAAACCGGGGACUCUACUUCGUGCCAGAGCAAUCCAGCAUUUCAUAGUGAUCAGUCAGAGGACAGUAGUCUCACUGACAGUGAACGGACUUUAGUCGGGGACGAAAUGUCUCCGCGCAAUAACUCUCCCGACAUACCCAGUGCUGAAAUGGAGCAAGAUCUCGAACCUCCAGAAAUAUCAAAGCCAGAGUGUGACUCGAUAUUAUCGAACUCUGAUUCCGGCUGCCGCCUCUACUCCUCUCAGGAGGAGGGGGGCAGCAGGAACAUGUCUUCCCCAGAGGAGAAUACUAUCGAGGACUGUCGGUGCAGAAACGCUGAAUCUUCAAAUAGUGACGUAAAACACUGCUUCAGAGCUUAUCCUCAUACAGACUAUGAAACUGGUGAAAAAAUGCUUAGGGUUUAUGCUGAUAAAAGAAUAACACUCUUCAAAAUGAAGAAAGAAUUAGAAAAAUUUAUCGGUUUAAAGUCAAAUUGUUUCAGAAUAUAUAAAGUGAAUUCAAAUAAUCAAGAAUAUGAAUUGACAAGAUUAUCAGAUGAUCUCAUGACAUUUGGAGAAGAUAGUAAGUUGGCUGUGAAACUUGGCAGAGCUCUGCGCAAGGGAGAAUAUAAAGUCAAAAUUUAUCAGUUGUGCUUAAAUGAAACUGAACCCAUCAAGUUCCUCUCAGACUGUGUUUUAACCAAAGGGAUGACAGUCCUGACAGCCAAAAAGGAAAUUCUUGCAGAAUUAAAAGAAAAAUGUAGUAUGGACAUUCCUCUAAAUAGAUGUCGUCUAAGGAAAAAAAGUUGGAAAAGUCCUGGUGCCAUUUAUCUAGAUCAUUUACAAUUUGAAAAAGACAUACCAAUAGAUCAAAAUUCAGAAAUGUUUGUAGAAUUUUUACCAGAUGCUGAGCCUGUCACAUCAACUACUCAACUAGUUCUGUUCACUCGCAGGUGGCAUCCAGCUGCUUUCAAGUUAGACUCUUUCAAAGAAAUAGUUUUUGAUGAUACCAAAACUCUCACCAUUACUAAAAAACUUUCUGAAAUUAGUGAAAUUCCAGAAGACUCAAUAGAAUUUGCUAAGGGUCAAGGUACCUUUCCUUGUGAAAACUCACUAUUAUCAAUUCAUGAUGAAUUAGAGUGGUUAACUGCUUCUGAUAAUCCUUGGCGUUUCUUUAACGGGGAUGAUGGACAAGUGAUUUAUUACAGAGAUAAAAGGGAAGAAUUAAGGAAACUUACUGAGGAAGAAAAACGAGAAAUAACAAAUAAAGAAAAUGCAAAAUCUAAUAAAGUUCUUAAAAAUGUAUAUUCUCCACGUAAAGAAAGAGCACUUAAGAUCUACACUGUGGACACAACACCUACGUCACAGAAUCAAUCCUCUGAGAAGUCUCUUAGUGCUCAUCAAGUAGUACCUGAUCUUGAUUAAAUCUAUGCAGUGUCUUCUUCAUCCACUAAAUAAAGGAUCAGAAAAGAAAAAAGUGCUAUCGCUUUUAUUUCUUUAAUAAAAGAAAAUCCAUGUCCAGGCUCAUAUAAUACAAACAUGCUCUGUCAUGAAAUUAUUUAUUUAUGUGUUUUUUGUGCCACUGAAAUUUUUUAGUUAGUUUUUUGUAUGAAGUGUAAUAUAUAUUUCUAUAGAACAUACUAUACAUUCAUUGCAAUUUCAGUCUUUUUCUGAUUUGCUUUAUACAGUGCAGUGGUAUUUGGAUAAAC